GUCCGCGAGUAAUGAUUGAGGCAGACUUUCGAAUCCUCAAGAAUUUUCGCAACUUUUCGUGAACGGUGGUUCGCUAUAUCAGGAAAUAACUCAGAGAAGACGAGAAAGUUUCGUUUUUAAUAAACCAUCUUUCGGUGUCCCGAUUAAGUCUCUUAUGGCUUUUAUUGGUGGGAUAGAAGGUGGAUCAACAGGUUCUCGGAUGGUUUUACUGGACUCCAUGGGAAACCAGAUAGGAUGUGCAGAGGGUCCUUCAACAAACCCAUGGUUAUUGGGCUUAGAAGAAGUUGCUAAACGUAUUCUGAAUUUAGUGGACUCAGUAUUUUUGAAUUCAGGUGAAAAGUCUCCGAAACCACUUAGCCAUUUAGGUUUAUCAUUGAGUGGUAUUGAUACUGAAGAAAAUCAAAAUGAAUUGGCAAAUGCCAUCAAAACUCUUCGUCCAAAUGUUGCACAAGAGAUACACGCUUGCAAUGAUAGUAUUGGUACAUAUCUAACAGUAUGUGAGAGUGCUGCUAUUGUAUUAGUGUGCGGAACUGGUUCAAUAUGUAAUUAUAUAAGAGCGGAUUUAACUUUUCAACGAGUUGGAGGAUAUGGACAUAUACUUGGGGACAAUGGUUCUGCCUACUGGAUUGCACAUUAUGCAGUAAAAUCACUUAUUGAAUCAGAUGACAAAAUUAUUGAUACUGAGUAUAACAUGGAAAAUGUACGAAAAGUCGUUUAUUCAUAUUUCAGCAUAGAAAAUAAUCUAGACUUACUUCAACAUUUUUAUACAAAUUUCAGUAAAAAUAAAAUAGCUGGUUUGUGUGAACAUCUUUCUAUAAUUGCGCGGGAUGGAGAUGAGUUUUCGAAAUCUGUUUUUCGUGAGGCAGGUAUACAGUUAGCCCGUCAUGUUAGAGGCGCUUUAUAUUAUGCCGUUCAGGAUUCAACACCACAAAAUGCAAAUAUGAUAGUUAUCUGUUGUGGUUCAGCAUUCAAGAGUUGGGAUUUAUUCAGAGACGCUUUUCGAUGUUGUAAUGAGUCUUAGAUCAUGUAAAGAACAGCAAAUAGUCUAGAUAAGGGCCCAUGAAGCUUGAAAACACUUCGAUUCUUCAUCAGUGCUGACAAAGUCAUUUAUUCGGAUAACUAAACGCUCACGAUUAUAUAUCAAAGCUUGAUUUUCGAAAACACUCAAUAAAAACCUCCGUCAUUGUUUCUGUGAUUUUCUAAAACCUACUGGAAAGGAUAAAUGGUCUGGCACUUUAACUUUAGUUCAACUGAAAACUAGUGCAGCUUAUGGUGCAGCUCGUCUUUCAGUUUAUUUUGAUUAUAAACUAAAAAUUCCAUUACCACCAGAUUCUUAUGUGAAAUUCGAUGAAUUUACUGCCGGUAUACGUUUUUAAAUCAAAAAAAUAUCUCUUGGUCUUAUGCUUAUGUUUAUUUAAUUUUCAACUCAGGAUUUAUAUAUUAUCAUCCUAUUUUAGUAAUAAUUUUUUGAGAUGUUGUUUUUGUACUCAGAAAACUUUGUUUGUAAACAUUCAUUUUUGAUUCUAGUAUUUUGUUAGGUGUAGUGUGAUUUCGUGUAUUUGAAGAAUACACUUCAUUCCUUUUGUAUCUUUCAUUCAUCUCUUCUACCAUAUUAUCAAAAUUCGAAUUGUAUUGCAUCAUUUUCAAGGGUAAUUGAGUAUUUAUCAACAAAAGGUUAAAUGAUGCGUACUUUACUGGAAGCUAGUAAAUUAGGUUACGACAGUUUUGUAUUUCUCCUUGAAAUGUUGGUUUACUAUGCGAGCUGUCGUUGUCUUCGUUCUGUAAUGGAAGGU